GUAAAAGGUUGGAACAAAUUAUCCUGAAUCCCACAGCCAAAGGAAAUGGAAGAGAGCAUAAUGUUCUUAGUUCUUACCAUUUCCUUUGUAAUUCUUGCUCUGAAUUUCUUGUUGAAAACAAAAAAGCAAGAAUACAAGAAUCUUCCCCCGAGCCCGUUCGCUCUUCCAAUUAUAGGCCAUCUUCAUCUCAUGAAACAACCUAUCUACAGAACCAUCCACAACCUCUCCCAAAAAUAUGGCCCCAUCAUGUCGCUUCGAUUCGGUUCCCGCUUCGUGGUCAUUGUAAAUUCACCGGAAGCCGUUGAAGAAUGCUUCACCAAGAAUGAUGUGAUUUUGGCCAAUCGUCCUCCUUUCUGCCAUGGAAAGUACUUGAAUUACAACUUCACUACCAUGGGUGCAGCCAACUACGGCGAUCAUUGGCGCAACCUUCGCCGCAUAGGCAAUAAUGAGAUCUUCUCACCGAAACGUCUCAAUGGGUUUCAAGAACUUCGUAAAAAAGAAGUCAAGAAUUUAAUGAAGAGGGUUUCUCGUGUAUCUGGAGAAAAUGCCGGGAAGGUAGAGUUAAGGUCCAUGAUUUUGGACCUGACGUUUAACAUAGUAAUGACAAUGCUUGCCGGAAAGCGGUACUAUGGUGAAGAUGUGAGUGAACUUGAGGACGCAUUGCAGUUUAGAGAUAUGAUGAAUCAGUAUGCUGAGUUUGCUAAGGAGGCACAUCUUGGAGACUUGUUUCCCAUUUUGAGCAAUAUUGAUUAUAAUGGAUUUGUUAAGAGAAUGAAAACACUGAGUAAGAACAUGGAUUUGUUCUUGCAAAGACUGAUUGAAGAGCAUCGUGCUGACAGGGAGCGGAACACCAUGGUGAACCAUUUGCUGGCUUUGCAGGAAACACAACCCCAAUACUAUACUGAUUCAAUAAUCAAAGGCCUAAUUCUGAUAAUGGCAGUUGCAGGAACUAGGACUUCAGCUGCAUCUUUGGAAUGGGCAAUUUGCAAUCUGCUCAAUAAUCGACAUGUACUAAAGAAGGCCAAAGAAGAAUUAGACACUCAACUUGGACAAGACCAUUUGAUUGAAGAAGAAGACAUAUCAAAACUACACUACCUUCAAGGUAUCAUUUCUGAGAACUUAAGAUUGUAUCCAGUGGCAGCUAUGCUAGUGCCACAUGUGGCAUCCGAUUAUUGUACCAUUGGAGGAUACGAUGUGCCUCCUGGUACAAUGGUGUUUGCAAAUGCAUGGUCGAUUCAGAGAGACCCUAAGGUGUGGGAUGACCCUUUAAAUUUCAAGCCUGAAAGGUUUCUGGAUGGAAAAGCUGAAGCAUACAAGGUAAUGCCAUUUGGAUUGGGAAGGAGAUCUUGUCCCGGGGAGGGCCUCGCUCACAGAUUAAUGACCUUGACUCUGGGUUCGUUGAUUCAAUGCUUUGAAUGGGAUACGGUUGAUGGUAAGGAAAUUAAUAUGGAUGAGAAGGUGGCGACACUCAUGUCCAGAGUCCAUCCAUUGGAGGUUGUAUUGAAGGCUAGAUCAGACCUUGACAAUAUUAUUUCUUAAGCUACCAGAAGAAGUGAAAGCAUGCUUCCAGUUUUCUGUACUCUUUGUUAAAUAAAGAUUGCUUUAAGGAAGUUAAUGUAAUACUCUACUUUAAUUGUUCUACAUGGAUCAUUUCAAUUGAC